AUGGAUAGGUACGAGCUGGUCGAUAUUAGCUCGGAUGACGAAGAGGUUGUUGCUGCCCAGGCUGCUGCUAGGGAAGCAGCAGCUGCUGCUAAGGCUAGGCGGCGCGCCAAGAAAGAGGCUACUAAGGCUAGGGAAGCAGCAGCUGCUGCUGCCGCCGCCGCUGCCAACAAGAUAGUUAUGCGUCGAGGUCCCAAGAUAACUGGCAAUGCCUCUUUUGAUAAGUGUUGUGUGUAUGGCAACAAGGUUGCUUUGAAACGCAGCCAUGUGCAAUUCCUGCAGCUACUUGCAAGGAUGAGACCCUCACUAAAAGUGUUUGUAUGCACUAUGACGGCAGCCCACACCGAGAAGCCAAAAGCUAAAAUGUAUUUCCCAAGGAAGUUCAGCCUCUACAUCAAGAAGUACUUGGACUUGCCUGCCAAGUUGGAGGUCUACUGCCAGGCCCCAAAACCCAUUGUGGUCACAAUGAUUAUGGGCAAAGGGAAGGGCGCCGGAGCUCAGAUUACAAGCAAGUGGUCCAAGAUGCCUCCUCGCCGAACCAACACCCGCAACAACAAUAACGACAACAAUAACAGUAACAACAACAAUGAUGCAGUGCAGCAGCUGAUAGCAGCCCAGGCACAGAUGAUGCAGAUGAUGACUCAGUUCUUCCAGCAUCAGAAUAACAGCAACAACAACGGCCCACCACCUCCACCUCCACCUCCGCCACCACCCCAGGUUGACAGACUGACCAGAUUCCUGAGGCUGAGACCUAACAAGUUUUCUACUACUACUGAGCCAAUUGUGGCCGAUGACUGGCUCCGCUCGGUUAACAAGGAUUUGGUUACUUGUGAGUGUACUGAAGCGGAGAAGAUCAGAUUUACAGCUCACUUACUUGAAGGACCAGCUGCUAUGUGGUGGGAAACUUACCAAGUCACUCAUCCUGUGGAAACCCUGGACUGGGACACCUUCAGGGAAGGUUUUCGUAAUGCCCAUAUCUCAUCGGGCAUUAUGAACAUGAAGAGGGACGAGUUCCGCACCUUGAAGCAGGGAGGUAGGACACUGAAAAAGUACAUGGAUGACUUCUGUGCUCUAUCCAGAUAUGCUCCUGAGGAUAUAGACACGGAUGCUAAGAGGAAGGAUAAAUUCCUCAAUGGACUCAAGGGAGACCUGAAGAUACCGUUAUCUGUGGCGUAUGCCCCCAACUAUCAAACACUGCUUGAUCAGGCCAUCACCUUGGACAACAACAUCAGGAAGGAAGAGAACCGCAAGAGGAAGCUUAACAGCAACAAGAACCACACUGAGUUCUCUCACAAGAAACACCACUCAUCUGAAGGAAGUGGAAGUUAUAGCUCACACAAGCAUAACGGUCAGUUCAACAAAGGGAAUGGCAACAACUACAAUGGACAUAAGCCCAAUGGAGGAUUCAAGGGAAACCAUUCCAAUGGUAAUCACAAUGGAAACAAUGGUCGACACAAUGGGAGUAAUGGGCACCACAAUGGAAACAACGGCCAACACCGUCACCACUCAGGGAACAAUAGGGACAUGUCCAACAUCACAUGCUUCAAGUGUAAGAAGACAGGACACUAUGCUGAUAAGUGCCCAGAGAAAAGUUCUGAUGAAGUUGCCAAAACCAACUCAUUCCAGAAGGGACAGGCAAACCACCUCAAUGUGGAGGAAGUGAUGAAUGAACCUGAUGCUGUGAUGGGCAUGUUUCCACUCAACUCGUUUACAGCAUUAGUUUUAUUUGAUACUGGUGCAUCACAUUCAUUCAUAUCAAGAGCUUUUGUGAAUAAAAAUGGAAUACCCACUGAAACUAUGGGAAGGGUAAUUAAAGUGAGUUCUCCGGGUGGAGAAAUGACAGUCAAUUCGGGAUGCCAUCAAUUGAUUUUAGAAAUUGGUCCAUAUAAGUUUCCAACCCAAUUAGUAAUCUUGGAAUCCCAAGGAUUGGACGUUAUCCUGGGAAUGGACUGGAUGACUACCUAUAGAGGAGUCAUAGAUUGUGUAAGUAGAUCAAUCACAGUCACUACCCCUGAAGGAAAAAAGAUUCGAUUCAAAUCCCAGUUGAAUGUUGGAGAUUUUAGGCUAAACAAUCUUAAGGGGGUUAGCCUAGAUCAAGUGGCCAUAGUAAGAGAAUUCCUAGAUGUAUUUCCUGAGGAAUUACCAGGAAUGCCUCCAGACAGAGAAGUGGAGUUUCUUAUCGACUUGCUUCCGGGCACUGGCCCUAUAGCAAAGAGACCUUAUCCCAUGUCCACUGAAGAGUUGAAAGAACUCAAGAAACAAUUGAAGGAGCAACUAGGAAAAGGAUUUAUCCGAGAAAGUUCAUCCCCGUGGGGAGCAUCGGUUCUGUUUGUUGAGAAAAAGGACAGGAGCCAACGGUUGGUUAUGGAUUACCGCUCACUGAAUGAAGUAACCAUCAAGAACAAGUACCCAUUACCUAGAAUCAAUGAUCUGUUUGAUCAGUUAGAAGGAGCUAGUAUUAGGGAGCAAGAUAUUCCCAAGACAGCCUUCGUCACUAGAUAUGGCUCAUACGAGUACACGGUGAUGCCUUUUGGCUUAACCAAUGCUCCAUCAUACUUCAUGAAUAUGAUGAACAAAGUGUUCAUGGAAUUCCUUGACAAGUUUGUCAUAGUCUUCAUUGAUGACAUACUUAUCUAUCCCAAGAACAACGAAGAACAUGAGAAACACCUACGCCUGAUAUUGGAGAAACUUCGAGAACACAAGUUAUAUGCCAAGUUUAGCAAAUGUGAGUUCUGGCUCAGUGAAGUAGGAUUUCUUGGACACGUCAUAUCCAAGGAAGGAAUUGCGGUUGAUCCAUCCAAGGUAGCUGCAGUGACAGACUGGUAA